CGGACAGCAGAGACUUCUUUCCGGAUUUCCUGUCGCCCCGUCAUUCAAAAUAGACCGACACGAAACAACAAUCACAUGCUGACAUAGUUUUCAUUUGUAUUAUUUAUCUUGCUAAAUAUUUUCAAAUGACAUGUUUAUCACGGGACCAUGCUAUAUUCAUGUUUAAACGCAUUCCUGGUAACAUGACACAAAUGUAGGCUUUACAAAGGGAAGAGGAAUUUUAAGAUCGCUGAAGGUGUUUUUCCGUACUUGAAAAGCCCAAGUACUGUAAUCUGUAUAGCUUGUCCUUGAGAAUGUGGCCAAUAGGUCCUGUUCUAAUGCACGCAAGGAGAGAAGCGGUCAGGCUCUGUUCCAGUAUCUCGCCCAAGUCUUCAACAUUAUCCGCCUCCAAGUCAAGCUCACGUUCACGUCUCCAAGUUGAAAAACAGAAGAGGAAAAAACAGAGGGAGCUCGCCAUACUAUCCACUCAACACCUUACUGCUGAAGAAGAUGCUAUAAAAUGGAGCGAAAAGGAGCGAAUCCUCUAUCCUGCUGAUACACCACCUGGGGCAAAGAAAGGCGAGUUUGCCCUGUUACACCAGCCCACACACCCAAUAGUCUCUCAACUUUGUUGUUGUCAUACUGCAGCACUGAAAACAUUCUUUCCUACUUGCUAAUAUGUUUUGGCAGACACAAGCCUUCCAUUUCCAUCCUCAUACAGUCCAGAUUAUGUGGAAUCCAGCUGGUAUCAGUGGUGGGAGAAAGAGGGGUUCUUCAGGCCUGAGCAUCAUGACGUUCAGGAGUUUUCUCAUGGUGUGGAUCAGAACUUCUCUUUGUGUAUACCACCACCAAACGUGACAGGGACUCUGCAUCUGGGCCAUGCUCUGACUGUAGCAAUAGAAGAUGCUUUGGUUCGAUGGAGAAGGAUGCAAGGCCAAAGAGUACUAUGGGUCCCUGGCUGUGACCAUGCUGGUAUAGCAACACAGAGCGUGGUGGAGAGAAUGCUGCUUCGGGAAGAAGGGAAGCACAGGAAAGACUUCACGCGAGAAGAAUUUUUACAGGAGGUUUGGAAAUGGAAAAAUGAGAAAGGAGAUGAGAUAUAUCAGCAGCUGAGGAAACUCGGUGCUUCCUUGGACUGGAGUAGAGCCUGUUUCACCAUGGAUAAGGGUUUCAGCAAGGCUGUAACGGAGGCCUUUGUGCGCCUGUGCGAUGCCGGUUUGAUCUAUCGCUCAGAGCGUCUCGUCAAUUGGAGCUGUGCGCUGGAGUCCGCCAUCUCGGACAUAGAGGUUGAUUCGAAGGAACUUUCCGGGAAAACGAUGCUGUCCGUGCCUAACUAUGAGCACAAAGUGGAAUUUGGAACCAUGCUCACCUUUGCGUACCCGAUAGAUGGUCACAGUGGAGAAAUAAUGGUCUCAACAACUCGUCCGGAGACUAUGCUGGGAGAUGUGGCCGUAGCUGUUCAUCCUGAUGACCCUCGAUACCAGGACUUUCAUGGGAAGCAAUGCCGCCAUCCCUUCAAUGACAGAUUGUUGCCCAUCGUCACUGAUACAAUCGUGGCCAUGGAGCUCGGCACAGGUGCGGUUAAGGUGACGCCUGCUCAUGACCACACAGACUUCCUUUUGUCACAGAGACAUGCUCUGCCACGCCUCAGUGUGAUCGGAGGAGAUGGGAAGAUGACUCCAAUCUGUGGACAAUGGCUGGAGGGAGUGAAGCGUUUUGACGCCAGGCAGCUGGUAGUCAACGCUCUGGUUGAGAAAAAGCUGUUCAGAGGAAAGAAGGAGCACGCCAUGACCUUACCUAUUUGCAGCCGCUCAGGGGACGUGAUCGAGCCUCUUCUGAAGAAACAAUGGUUCGUCCGUUGUCAUGGAAUGGCCCAAAAAGCUAUACAGGCUGUUGAGGAUGGUCAUCUUCAAAUCACCCCUCUCUUUUAUACUAAAACAUGGAAAAACUGGCUGUCCAACAUCAGUGACUGGUGCGUUUCCAGGCAGCUGUGGUGGGGGCAUCAGAUCCCAGUUUACAGAGUGGAGUUUCUGCAUUCUGCGAACAAACAAGAGGACCAGUGGGUGUGGGGAAGUAACGAAGAUGAGGCCCGUCAGAGAGCAACUGUCAAAUAUGGAGUGAAACCACAGGACAUCAGUUUGACUCAGGACUCUGAUGUUCUGGAUACCUGGUUCUCCUCGGCGCUGUUUCCUUUCGCUAUGUUGGGCUGGCCUCAACAGACGAGAGAUUUUCAGCGCUUCUACCCAAACUCCAUCUUGGAGACAGGCAGCGACCUAAUCUUCUUCUGGGUGGCGAGGAUGGUAAUGUUGGGUACGGAGCUGACAGGCCAGUUGCCUUUUAAACAGGUGCUACUUCACUCUCUGGUAAGGGAUAAACACGGUCGGAAAAUGAGUAAAUCCUUGGGAAAUGUCAUCGACCCCUUGGAUGUUAUCCACGGAGCUUCCUUGGAGAGGCUUCAGCAGAAAGUUAAAGAUGGGAACCUCGACCCCAGGGAGCAAGAGGUUGCCAUGGAAGCUCAGAGGAAAGACUUCCCGAAGGGGAUCCCUCAGUGUGGAACCGAUGCUCUCAGAUUUGCCCUUUGCUCUCACAAAAUGAUAGGAGAAGACAUGAGUCUGUCAGUAUCUCAGGUUCUGAGCUGCAGACAUUUCUGUAAUAAAAUGUGGCAGACGCUGAGAUUCACGCUCGGUGUGCUGGGUGACAACACUACACCAGUGGGGAACCUUGAAAAGGUGUCUCAUUUGAGCAGUAUGGACCGGUGGAUCUGCUCCCGACUUUACAGCACCGUAGCACAAGUCGAGAAGGCCUUUGAAGAAUAUGAGCUGCACACUGUCACUGCUGCUUUGUACUCCUUCUGGAUCCACAAUCUGUGUGACGUCUACAUGGAGAGUGUGAAGCCUGUGCUACUGAAGCAAAAUGAAGGCUUGAAGCAUGAUGGCGGCAAAGUGAGACCAGCAGCAAGUGUCAUCCUCUAUCACUGCGUGUCCACAUCUCUGGUCCUCCUCUCACCACUCAUGCCGUUCCUUACCGAGGAACUGUGGCAGAGACUCCAGCCGUUCAGAACUGAUGCUGCAGCCCAGGGGAGCUUAUGUCUCCAGCCUUACCCCCGCUCAUCCCAAAUGAAACACUGGCAUUUCCCAGAAGAGGAAAGAGAUUUCCUUCUGGUCCAGGAAGUGACCCGAGUGGCCCGCUCCCUUCGGGCUCAGUGUGGUUUAACCAAAGAAAAGCCCGCUAUGUGGGUGGUAUGUUCACCCAGUCAGGCCCACAUUCUCCUUCAUUUUGGAUCUGCUGUUUGGACUUUGAGCCGGGUUUCCCGCUUCCAUAUCUACUGUCCCGAAGUAGCUCUUCCCACCGUCUCUUCCACCCCCCCACCCAAAGGCUGCCUUGUCGGUGUUGUGGAUCACACGUGUCGGCUGCAUCUUCCUCUUCAGAGUGCCAUGAACAUUAACAAACAAGUGGCCCAACUCACCCAACGCAGAAGCAAGCUUGUUCCCAAACUGGAUGAGAUCCUUUGCAAAAUCCAAUCUCCAGAGUACCUGAUCAAGGUCCCAGCGCACGUACGGGAGCAGAUGGACAGUAAGAUGUCCGCUCUUCAGCAGGAGUUGAAGACUAUCGAGGACCAGCUCAAGUUGCUACAAAUGACUGACCGUCCCACCAGCAGCUAUUCCUAAGAUGGUGUUGAUCAGUGUCAGACACAAAGUUCUUGAGGGGAUAUCAUUUAAAAGAACAACAAUCAUGGCAUAAUAGAAAUAAGUGUAGUUUAACCCUUUAACCCUUUCAGGGACAGUCGUUAUUACAGUGGACAUUUUAUCAUGUUAUCAGAUUACAAAGUGCACGAAACGGUUACGUAAUGGUCUUUUUAUUUUUAAAUCAGAUUACAAAGUGCACAAAACGGUUAAGUAAUGGUCUUUUUUAUUUAAUUUUUUUAAUGACAUUUUUACCACUGGUGUCAUUUAUGUACUCUCACUGUACCCUCUUCAACCAUUUGGAUUAUGUACAGUAUGGGACUGGACAGACCAAUGUUUGCAUUAUGUUUGUAUGUAAAAAGACACACAAACUGACUCAAUGUUUACAAAAAUUGAUUUCAACAUGAUCUUUAAUUUAUGGGAUAACACCCCACCCAAUUUAAAAUAGAAAAUAAAAUUGAAAAUCAUCUACUCAUAUUUCAAAAUAUAAACAUAAAAACCCUAAUUCAUCAUGUUGUCUAGUACGCAUGUGUACCAUCCCCCCAACUCCCCACAUUUGCAUAUUCGUAGCUUCGAUUAGGGCAAAGUAGAUACUGACCGAGAAGGGUUAAUCUCAACAGAUGGGUCUAUAAAGGACUUUUCCACGCCGCAAAGCUACAGAAAUAUAAAACUGAUUAUGCUGCAUUGUUGAGGCUAAUCAACCAGAAGCCAGUUCUCAAUUUAACAAGUACGUUGUGAUAAAUAACUGAGGGGGGGCUGGUGCAUAUUUGCAGAGGUGCGAUGAAGUCAAGCAACCUCCCAUGUAAUUUUGGCACGAAUCAAAGCAAGUCAAGUCAUUAAAAGUCGAGUCAUAAAAUCUUGCUCAGGCCCAACUUAAAGUGGAGGUAUAAAAUGUGUUUUCACUCAUUAUAAAACCACUGCAUUUACAUCUAUCAAAGCUAAAUGAGCAACUACGUCGUGUGUUACAAUAAAAUGCAUAUAUUUAUAUUCUUUUUAAAAAGAUUGUGUGUUUUUUACCAUUGGAUGAAUGUUUUCAGCUACUUCCAAGAUAAACUGUACACAGAAAACAUCAUGAAUAAAAUCAUCACUUGGCAGGAAACUCCAGCCAGUCUUUUUGCAUCUCCAAAGACCACAAGCCACUUCAACGAUUGAGAUUGGUCAGCGAUUUCAAAAUAACACCCACACGUGUGGAUUGACUAAUGGUAUCAAUUUGUGAAAAAGAAGAGAAAAAAAAGCAUUUGCCAAAUUGUGAAAUAAUUGCCAUUUUGGAGGUUGAUGUAUUGUUUUGGUGUUCUGCUUGUCGGGAGUCUCAGGAAACGCUCUAGGGAUAGUAGGCUCAACAAGACUAGGUGACGGAGUUUUUGGCAAUCCUCUCUGUUGCUUGAAUGACCAGAAGUGAAGGCCACAGGCCUAAGAUUAUUUAAAACUUUGAUUGGGCCCUUCUUGGAAAUGACAAUAAUUGGGGGAUAUUUCCACAUAUGAGGCAUUGUGACGCAAUUCAUGGAGGUCUGGAGCAGCUGCUGGGACCCCCGCCCCCAUCCCAGAUGCUCGGCACAGUAGUUUAUAGUCCGCCCAUGGAUAUCGUCAGGUUAAGUGUCAGUGUUUCAAUUACCAGUAUGUUCUCUGGAGUGCUCUCACCACCUCUUCCCUGCUGAAAGUGAUGGAUGAGUCACUAAGAUGGAGUGAGGAGGUGAAUGCUCCUUAAUUCUGCAUUAUUGUCCCUUUCAAAAUUCGAAAAGACUGUAUAGAGGUCAGUUGGUAAAGAUGCUGUGC